AUGCCCCGCAUGCACAAGCAUCAUGUAAGAGCUGUCGACACCACGCCGUUCAGCGGACAAUUCGAUUCUGUCAAUGUGGGACAGUACUCACUACUUAAUAAUCUUUGGGGCGAGCAUGAUGCUACCUCUGGCUCCCAAACCACUCAGAUUACGUCGAUGAAAGGCAGUAGUACUAUUGCCUGGAAGACGAACUGGACUUGGACCGGCGGAAAUCAGGUCAAGAGCUUUGCCAAUAUCCAGCUUAAUACCGGCAUCAAUCAACAGCUAAGUGCCAUUUCCAACAUGCCUUCUACUUGGCACUGGUCUCAGUCAAACACCGGAGUGGUCGUAGCUGACGUCGCCUAUGACUUGUUCACAUCUGACACAGCUGGCGGCUCGAAUGUAAACGAAAUCAUGAUCUGGCUUGCAAACGUCAACUCUGGACCAAUCGCUGCGCAGUAA